AUGCGCCUGUCUUGCCUGACCCUCCCUCCCCCACCAGGUGCGCGGAUCACCGAAGCCACCAGCAUCACGGCAGACGGCCAGACAGCUUAUGGCGACCCAGGUGGCGCUGGGGGAAUGGGGGGAGGGGGAUUGGGGGGAGGGCAGGCGACAGGUGAGGUGACGGGAGGUGUUGCACGGGGAGUGGGAGGAGGUAGAGGGAAUGGAUUGAGAGGAGAUGUAAGGGCAGAGGUAGGGCGAGGAGCAGAGGAGGGGAGUGGGGUUGAGGUGGAGGAGGAGGAGGAGGAGGAGGAGGAGGAGGAGGAGGGGGAUGGGGCUCACCACAGGGACCGAGGGUGGGAUGACAGUAGAGGGCGGGAGGAGGGCGCAGGGCAGCAGGAGGGGGGUGGCAAGCAGGAGGGCGGAGGGCAGCAGGAAGGGAGAGGGCAGCAUGAGGGGCAAGAGGAGGGGGAGGACGUGGAGGAAGGGCAUGGAGAGGGGAAAUCGGUGGAGGAGAAGCAGAGGGAGCUGGAGCUGCUACAGGGGCUGCUUAAAGCGGAGAUGGACGCGCAGGGUGGGGGGAGAUGGAAGGGUGAGGGGAAGGGGGGCCAUGGGGGGAAGGAGGGAGGGGGGAAUGAGGGGAAAGGAUCAAGUGAGGAGAGGGAUGAUGAGGAAGAGGAGGAUCCGGAUGAGACGGAGCAAUGGGGGGAGGGGGGAGAAAGAGUGGGAGGAACAGGGGAAAUGACCGAGAGGGAGAGGAGUGUGAAGGAAGGAGCGACAGAUGGAGGUGAUGGUGGCGAUGGUGGGGAUAGCAACAAGAUAACGUCUGAGUCGGCAGAGACGGCAGCAGUGGGUGGGGGCGGGGGAACUGCAGGAACACACAAUGGUGGGGAGCGUAGGAGAGGGAAGUACGAUGAGUGGGAGGAGGAGGGGGCGCUGUCACACUCUCAAGGCGUGGUGGAAGGGCGAGGGUCACGGGCUGCAACGGAGACAGGGAAGGGUAGGGAGAUAGGGCGUGAGGAUGCAAGCGUGAAGGAGAGGAAGGAAGGGGUGGUGGGGAGUAGGAGUAGGAGUGAGAGUGAGAGUGGGAGUGGGAGUGAGAGUGGGAGUGGGAGUGGGAGUGGGAGUGGGAGUGGGAGUGGGAGUGGGAGUGGGAGUGGGAGUGAGAGUGAGAGUGGGAGUGGGAGUGAGAGUGGGAGUGGGAGUGAGCAUGAUGAGAUAGCGUCCGUGCUGAGAGCGAUGGGGCAUGCGGUUGGGGAUGAUGGUGCUGAUGCCCAUGAUGCCCAUGAUGCCCAUGGUGCCCAUGAUACGGCUGCUGAUGCUGAUGUUGCGACUACUGAUGCCCAUCACAGUACGGCUGUUGGCGCUGCUGGCGCUGGUGGCGCUACUGGUGGCACCAACUCGCUGCACGAGGGAAGCACACAGCGUGGUGUGAAGCCGGAGGAGCACCAGCAGUCGGUGCACGAAGGGGAGGGAGUGAGGGAAGAGGGAGCAGACGAGGAGGGAGGGGGAGAAGAGGAGGAAGGCACGGCUGUGGCAGUGGAGAGGGGGCAGUCAGAUCAGCGCAAGCAGCUCAUGGAGCAGGAGGCCGCCCGACGCAGCAUGCCCCUGUCAGGCCACAGAGGAGCCGCAGCAGAUGCAGGGCAGGUGGGAGACAGAGGCGCGGCAGGAGAUGCAGGGCUGGUAACAGGCGGAGGGCUGGUGGGAGAUAGAGGGGUGGGAAGAAACGUGGGACUGGUAGGGGGUGCUGGACGAGAACCAGACGGAUCCUUGAGUGCAGAAGCACGAGCAGCUGCAGCAGAGGCCGGAGCAGCGACAGGGUCAAGAGGGGAAGGAACAGUAGUGAGUGAGAGAAAGGAACAGAUGGGAGGAAAGCAGGCAGUAACGGGCUGGGGUGGUUUGUCGAGAGGUGAGGGCCUGUCAAUGCGUGCUGCCCUGCCCAGGGAAGGGGCGCUGGCAGAGACACGUGUGGCUGGGGCGGGUGUGACUGGGGCAGGUUUUACUGGGGCAGGUGCGACUGGGGCAGGGGCGACUGGGACAGGUUUUCCUGGAUUGAGUGUGACAGCGAGACAGCAAGAUACAGGUCGAACAGAACAUGCAGAGAGAAGAGAGCAAGGCGUCUCUGGGUGGGCAGGAUUGUCCGUUAGUGGGGCAGGUUCAUCUGUAGGUGGACGGGUGGACGAAGAGGAGGCGAGGAGGGCGGAGCUGCAGCAGCAUGGGAGGGCGCACUCAGUGGAGGAGGGGGAGAGGCAACAGGACUUCCUGGGCGAACCUGAAGAAACACCUGAAGAGGCCUUUGAGAGCGCUGCUAGGAAAGCCAAAGCCGCCGCCGCUGCUGCAGCUGCUGCUGCAAUUGGGGAGGGAGGGGGAGGGGGAGGAGACGGGGAGGGGGACGAAGGGGGAGCAGGAGGGGGAGGAGAGGAGGCGGGGGGUGGAGUGGGUAUGGGAGAAGGGGGUUUGAGGGGAGGGGAGGACGAGGAGGAUGGGAUGCUUCUGCGGGGGGAGUUCCUGAAGGCUAGGAAGGAGAGUGCUCCCCAGGGGCAGCGAGGGGCGGCGCUUGUGCAGCAGGAGAGGGGACUUGUGCCGCCACAGCAGCAGCAGCUGCAACAGCAGCAACAGCAAGACUUGCAGCAGCAGCAGCUGCAGCAGCAACAAACGGGGACGGCUGCUUGGCAAAUGGGAGGUGCUGCUGCUGCUGGUGUUGGUGGUGGUGGUGGCAUUGUUGGCGGUGCUGGCGUUGCUGGUGGUGGUGGAUGGACAAAACAGUCUAGUGCACCUGGUGGGGCCGAGCGCGUGUUUGUUUGGGCAGUUCUGGGGGCGCCAUCCCCGCUUCUUAACACCACCACAUUCCCCCUCUCUCCCCCCUCUUCCCCCCUUCUUCUCCCCAUCUCUUCCCCAUCUCUCCUUCCCCGUCCCCGCCCUCACAGCAAGCCUGGCAGCCCAACAGUAGGGUGCAUCUGGCAGCGCAACAGUGAGGUGCAACUGGUGGGGCCAAGGGAGUGUGCAGCAGCAGCGGCCGCCCUGGGCGUGGCAUUCACACGCCUCACCCUCUUCAACCGUCCCAUCCCUCCUCUCUCCCCUCUCUUCCCUGCACAGCAAGCCCGGCAGCGCAACAGUGAGGUGCAUCUGGUGGGGCCGAGGGAGUGUGCAGCAGCAGCGAGCGCCAUGGGCGUUGCAUUCACACGCUACGCCCUCUUCAACCAAACCAUCUCCGCCUUCCGCUCCUCCUUCGGCACUCCUCGCACCGACCUCGUGCGCUGGUUCGUGCUGCACGCCUACAUGACUCGCACCAACCUCUCCCACGCCCUCUACCUCUCCCUGGACGUCCUUCUCUUCGCCAACGCCACCGAAGCUAUCAACCAGUCCUUCCCUGGCACGCGCCCCCCCCGCCGCACCCCCUCCCCCCUGCGCACGCCCAUCGAGGCGCACACGGCGGGUUGGUCCAGAGAGGGCCUGGCGGAUUUCCUGAGAUUCGUGCGCGUGUUUGUGGCGCAAGGGGUGCUGGGUGGGGGGGAGGAGACUGCUGCAGAGCGGCUUAAGAAUCCGGACUACUCGGAUGCCACCAUGCUGGGAUGGUACGCCCACCAUGGAUGCUGGCACACCCCUGAAAACGCCGAGGCCACUCCUGCAUGUAUAGCAGAGCCGUGCUGUGGGAUCACCAGUGAGAGGGCUGCCAGGCUGGCUGGCCACUUCACGCCCCGGUUUAAUGUAUCGAGCUUGCUGCAGCCUCGCCGAUGCCGACCCACAUCGUGGUCAGACGACGGGUGCCGUGACGCGGCUCGAUCGACUGUGACACGCGCACAGGGGGAUGGCGGAGUGGGAGCGGGAGAGGCGGGCGGUGCGGCUUCCGGUGGAGCGGCAACGUCUUCGAGCGACUCGUUUCUGGGGAUGUGGAAACGCGCGCAGGAGAAAGAGCGCGAGGCGAUUCGCGAGGCCGAGGCGCGGAAGCGCGCGGAGGAGCAAGGCGCGGCGCAAGCGGCGGGGGACGAGCAGGGGAAGGAAGAGGGGGAGAGCGCGGAUGUGCUGAAAAAGCGCGAAGCGCAGUUCCUUCAAAUGCUUGAGGUGCCCAAGGAGGUGCGGCAGGAGGCGGAGCGGAAGGUGGUGGUGGACCGCGCAGCCGCGGCGCUGGCGGCGGCGCAGGCGCUGCUGGUGGAGGCGGAGGAGCGCGCGCGCAAGGAAAGGCAGGCGUCGCGCGGGCGGCGGCUGGCGGGUGCGGGCGACCAGGGGGCGACGAGCAGCGUCUGGGGCGGCAAGUCCUUGUCCGUAGUGAAAGAAAAGGGCGGGAAGAAGGGCGGGGAAGGAAAGGCGGCAGCAGGAGGGGCAGUAACGAGAAAGGCAGCACCAGCGGGCGGCACAGGUGGUGGUGGUGGUGCUGCAGGUGCAGCAGCAGCAGGAGGGUUAGGUGGCUUCUGGAAGGCAAUCCCUAGCCGAGCCAAAAAGUCAUCUUCUGGCUCUUCCUCCUCCUCACCACCCGCAGCAGCACCAGCAGCAGCUGCCCCAGUAGCCAAGCCAGCCUCCCCUGGUGCUGCGAAGCAGCCUUCCUCAGGCGCCUCCUCAGGUGUUUCUUCAGGUGGAUCCAGCAGUCCAGGGCCCAGCUUCUGGGAGUGGGCGCCCCCAUCCGACACUGGGGGCGCUGGGGGAGCAGGUCUCCCGCAGCUGCAGCCAGCUGCUCCGAAACCUGCCCGUUCAGCUGCCCAGCGCGCUACAGUGACCAUCGCGGACCCCCAGCCGCAGCUGCUAGAGGCGCUGCUGCUGCCCUUCGAAAGCGCCGUCGCGCCCACCAAGCCCGCCAGCGCUGGCGAAGCUUCUACCACUGCUGGUGGCACUGGCGGCGUCGGUGGCGCCGGUGGUGUUGGUGGCGUUGGCAGUGCCGCUGGUGGUGCUGCCGGUGCUGCUGGUUCUGCUGCUGCUGCUGCAAGCCCUGCGGCUGUUGCCUCUGCAGCAGCGCUCGAUCUCGCCUCCGCCUCCCCUUUCCUCGCGUCUGACGUGGGCCUGCCGCCCCUGCAGUCCGCUCUUGAGGCCCAGCGCGGCAUCAAAGAGGCUCUCCAAGCCGUCUUUGCUUCGGACGCUGCCGAACCUGCAGGCUCGGAAGCCGACGGGGCGACCGUGGCUGCGGACGGGUCGCGGUGGUGGAAGGAAUCGGGGACUGAUGUUCGGGAGGGCGGGGAGGUUUGCGAUUGGACGGUGGUUCGGGGGGUGAGCGCGGAUGGGUCGGUGGAGUGGGAGGAGAAGUGGUGGGAGGCUAGCGAUGAGUUUGACUUUAAAGAGCUUGGAGCGGAGAAGUCUGGGAGGGAUGCGAAUGGAGCCGUGUGGAGGGAGACGUGGAGGGAGGCGACUUGGCAGGACUCUAAGACUGGGCUGAUGCAUAUUGAGAAGACGGCGGAUAAGUGGGGGCAGAAUGGGGAGGGCGGCGAGUGGCAUGAGAAGUGGUGGGAGCACUAUGAUGCGACGGGGCGGGCGGAGAAGUGGGCGGAUAAGUGGAGCAAGAUUGAUAUGUACACACCGCUGUAUGACGGGCACGCACACACGUGGCAUGAGAGGUGGGGGGAGGAGUACGACGGCCGGGGUGCGGCCUCAAAAUGGUGUGACAAGUGGGCAGAGCGGUUCGAAGGGCACGACGGGUAUGGCAACCAGCUGUGGGCCAAGUGGGGCGACAAGUGGGACGAGAAAUUCAACCGAGACAAGACCGGGUACCGGCAGGGAGAAACCUGGUGGCAGGGGUCGGGAGGGGACGAUGCACCCCGGUGGAACAAGGUGUGGAGCGAGGGGCAUGACGGGUCGGGAUGGGUGCAUAAGAAGGGCGGCGCGAGUAGCGGUGAAGGGUGGGAUGUAAGGGAGUGGAUGGACACGUGGUUUGAUGCGUUCCCACACUUUGGGUUCAGGCAGUGCUUGGAGAACUCGAGGAGGCUCAUGGAGGUGGGCAGGCGGCAGGGCAAGAAGCAGAAGUAG